AAUAAUAGCAACCGACUAAUUCUCGACUCGAAACUACUGCGAACUCGUCUUCCAGCAUCAUGACUCUCGAAGAGGUUCUCAUUCAGGAUAGUGCCGCGUGCACUGGCAAGAUCUUGGAAGAGGUGUUGGUUUCGGCGAAAAUGAACGAAUGUCUCACCAUUGGGGUGUACGAAUCAGCAAAAGUUAUGAAUGUAGACCCUGACAGCGUGGCUUUCUGUGUGCUGGCAACUGAUGAGGAGUUUGAGUGCGACAUCGCCCUGCAGAUCCACUUCACUCUGAUCCAGGCGUUCUGUUUCGACAACGACAUCAGCAUCGUCCGCGUGAACGACAUGCAGCGGCUGUCUAACAUCGUGGGCGACAAGUCAGUGGAACUUGAGGAUGCGCACUGCGUUCUUAUCACGCAGAACCCUGCUGAAGGUUCGUGGCAGGACCCGGCUCUGGAUAAACUGCACCUGUUCUGCGAGGAAAGUCGCAGUCUGAAUGAAUGGGUUCCGGAAAUUACUCUUCCCGAGCGCUGAACCAGGACUUUACAACUCUCUACGGAGAUUCUGUAAGCCCGAAGGAGUAAACAUCCUACGAAACAAGGAUGGGAGAAACUCCAAUCAUCCCUGGAUGUUCCUGCAGAGGAUCUCAUUCCAGGAAGCCCGGUGGCAGCAGCGAGGACUCCCCUGCAGUCACGCGGUGGUCGGCUUGUACCAGGAUGACCCAUCCUUUGUGCGGAUGUGGUCUGGUACGCCACAAGAGUGAAGGGAAUCGAACUUUUCUCUGGUGCUCCGUGAGGAAAUGUUCUGUUAGAAGAUUGGUGUUGAUGCAGGCAGGUGUGCCUGCAGACACCGCCGAGGAGCUUUUAAAAAAUGUAUUUAUUUUUUUUAAACGAAACCUUUCUUUUUAAACCGGACACUUGAUGUAGCCUACACCUGUCGAUUCACUUUUUUUUGGGUUGACAGACGCUUCCUGUGCAUGGUUUCAGUUUGACGGUGCUGAAUUAUGAAAACAAUAAACAUACAAUAUUG